CAAUUUCUCAGUGACUCGGACUUGCCUCAGAGCGUAGUUUUGACUCCUCAUCAUGGGCUUCGGUGCACAAACUGACAGAGAGGGAGGAAGAGCGCCGAGAUUCUCCCCUGAGAUGCCCACCGUGUCCUGGCUUUUGCUUUUCCUCCUGCUGGAUAUCGGAGCGGCUCAAGUUGACGAUGACUUCAUCGGUCUCGGUGAGCUGCCGGAAACCUUCCCUUCGGACCCCCCGGAGCCGCUGCCUGUGUUUUUGAUGGAACCAGAGGAGGCCUACAUCGUCAAAAACAAGCCGGUCAACCUGUACUGCAAAGCCACGCCCGCCACCCAGAUUUACUUCAAGUGCAACAGCGAGUGGGUCCACCAAAAGGAGCACACCGUGGAGGAGAGGGUGGACGAGAACUCUGGCCUGGUUGUGAGGGAGGCCAGCAUCGAGAUCACUCGGCAGCAGGUGGAGGAGUUGUUUGGGCCGGAGGACUUCUGGUGUCAGUGUGUGGCCUGGAGCUCCGCUGGGACCACCAAGAGCCGCAAAGCCCACGUUCGCAUCGCCU